GUGUCAGUUAUUACUCAGGAUGGUAGAGUAAUUGUGGGUACGUUGAAAGGUUUCGAUCAAACGGUUAAUUUAAUCCUAAAUGAUAGCCAUGAAAGAGUGUACUCUUCCGGCGCUGGUGUGGAGCAAGUAGCCCUUGGCCUAUAUGUUAUUCGUGGCGACAAUAUAGCCGUUAUAGGAGAAAUUGACGAAGAUGUAGACUCUUCCAUCGAUCUAGCUGAAGUGAAAGCAGAACCUAUUAAUGCUGUAGUGUACUAG